GUUUUCAGCACAAUGUCGAUGGAAGACCUAUUGUUUGGUAGCGAUCUGGAGGACAGCGAAGACGAAGGAAAAGAAGUAAAAGGGAACAAAGCAGCAGAGCGAGAAGCUCAACUGAAUGAGCUGUUUGGCGAUUCGCCGAGCGAAGGAGAUGAGGAAGCUGAACAUGGAGACGAAGCUUCUGAAUCUGACAAAGACGAAGUAGACAGCGGUGAUGAGAAGGAGAAAGAAAGGAAAAUAACAACUCAAGAAAGGGGUGAAGAAGAUGAAGAAGAAGGAGAAGAUGACGAGAAUGAGGACGAAAAUGAGAAGGAAGUGAGGAAACCAAAACUCCAAAGCCAGCUGUCUUCUGCAGAUUUAUUUGGAGAUGAUGAAGAAUUAUCAUCAGAUGAAGAACAGCGAGAGAAAGAAGUUGAAAAAACUCCAGAGCCUGAAGAAAGGGAACAAGUUGGUGAAGGUGAAGAAGUUCCCCCAGAACAGGGUGAAGAAGAAGAGGAAGAGACAAGAAUUGACGUCACGAUCCCGUACUCUCAAUUCUCUUUGGGUUCCGAGUUGUAUUUUGUGAAGAUGCCAAACUUUUUGAGCAUUGAACGCAAACCAUUUGAUCCUGCAUUGUAUGAAGACGAGAUGGAAGAAGAUGAAGUGUUAGAUGAAGAAGGCAGAGCCAGGCUAAAACUAAAGGUGACAAUUGGAGGGGGUAUUUUCUUAUAUUUGAGGCUUAAAGAGGGAGGUGUGAACAUCAAAUUGCUCGAACAUUUGUGUUGUGUUGUAGGAUUUGCAAGUGAAUCGGAUGAAGCUGAAGAAAGUGACGGAGCAGGAGGAUUAGACAGUGAUGAAGAUGAGGAAGGAAAAGAGAGACUGUUGAAUGCAAAGGAAGGCAUUGAAGAUGAUGCACAUGAAGGAAGAAAGAGGACUGGCAGUGAAGAUGGAAACACACCGAGAAAGAAGAAAAAGAGUCGACAGAUUGUUGAAAGUGAUGAAGACAGUGAUUAGUAGUGAUAAAUGAAUACACAAGUGAAGGUGUGCAUUCCUGGUAGAGUGAAUUGUUGGAGAAAACAGAAGGAAAGACCAGCCAUGAUUUGCUGCUCAUGAUUGCACUGACGUUUGAAAUCAUGGCAGCAUGAACUACACAGAAAGACAUACAGGCACUGGGAAACAUUGCAAGAAAAGGCCAAAGACAGUUGUUUUAGCUAUAAUGGUUUUACUCAAACAUGAAAAACCACUCACAAGCUUGCUAUUGUAUUCAACCUGGAAAUGAACUUACCCUAUAAAGCCUUUCUAUUCUGAGCUGUUGAUAUUGUUCAAAUUGCUUUCUAUUUUGGGGGUUUUCGAUCAUCUCUUGGAAACCGUGACCCUCCUGAGCAAUAAUUGUUACUGCCAGCCAUUAUUAAAGCACUUCCUUCCUCAGAUUCAGUGCAAUCUUCAAGUCAUUAGAAGUAGUCUUGCAUGCAGUGGCAAAGCACUAGCCACCAGAAGUAGGUUAAUAGGACAACAGUGAAAGAGGGGAGAGGUGCAACUAAACUAAAUAAUACUUUGUAGUGCUACAGUAAUAUUACUUCUAUUCCCACACACUUCAUAAUAUGUGACUAAAAGGUGGUCUGAUACUUGUGUUUUAAAAAUUUUAACUAUCUUAGCCCUAAUAUUAAGAAAUUAAUGGACUCCAGCUGAUAGAAUAAGACUUUAAACAGACACAUUUCCCAUGUGGUGAUCAUUCCUUAGUCUCAUGACCUUCACACCUGACGUGUUAUUUAUACACUGUACGUUAUCGAGAAAUUGGAUAUUGAAAACUGACCCACUUAAGUUCAGUAUCUCUGGAUCUCACAGUCUUAAAUAAAUAGUAGAAGCUGUAAUGUUUUUGUAUGAUAGUCUGACAUUAAUAUAAGUUGUUAUGCUAGGCAUUACCUUCACUUGUCUUGCAAAUAGUAGACAAAAUAGGCAAAGUACUUAUGAUAUAGCUAUCGAGUAGUAAGCUCUAUCCAUUCUUACCAUUCUGUAAAAAUACACAAAGUUUAGAUGGAACAUCUCAUUUGCUGAAAACUCUACCAGGGACAUGUCAACUGCACUUACCUUGUAGGCUUUGUUUCUUUCUUUAAGAUAUUUAAUUUGCCUUUUUGUGAAUUAAACACUAUGCCAAGAAGGUUAUUUCUCUAUAUUGAACAAGGUUUUAAUGUCAUGCAGUAUCAGAUAGUUGUUCAAGCUACAAGAUAAAUUUUUUAAAAAAACAACAUUGAUAAAGUAACACAAUAAAGCUUUCUUGUAUGCAAUGGGA